AUGGCCAGAUUCUUCUGGUUACUGCUUCCAUUUGUUGGAGGUGGUUUUGCAAAAGAAGGUUCCGUUAAUCCUCUCGUUAAUUCUGCCUCUGGCUCUUACACUCAUUCCCUUCCUGUCACUCCUUUGAACCAUCUCAAUGAUAGAGAUACUGGGUCGUCUUCUUUCGCUCCUCAAAUCAACCCACUUGUUCGACGAUCGUCGGCAUGUAAGCCUCGAGCGCCUCUGGGUGGUCCUGUGAUCGCCGAGUCUUUGGCUUCUACAAUUCAGUCAGUUACGACGACCGGUGAUCUUAUUGGCGUCGCAACGAAUUCCGGAUCUGUUAUAUCCGGAUCGACGUCUGACAGUGCUGUGGAGUUGGCUUCUACUACUGUCGUCUUCAGCGCCGCCUCCAGUGCUGCCAGUACCUACACGACAACCGAUGAGGUGUUUGGGUCGACAUCUGGGAGUGUUGUGGAGUCGACUUCCAGUGUCGUCUCCAGUGUCGCCUUCAGUGCCACCAGUGCUUACACGUCAACCGAUGAGACAUCGCGAUCAACUUCUGAGAGUUUUGUGGAGUCAACCUCCAGUGUCAUCGGCGGUGCUGUCAGUACCCAUACAACUUCCGAUGAAGCAUCGGCGUCCAUUGUCAGUGGUCUCAAUGGCAAGGAGGUAGUUGAGGCAACAUCGUCUUCGGGCACCACCUCGAGCGAAACGUUAGGCUCCGAAACCACUACAUCCGCACUCCCCUUUACGCAAACCGAAACCAGUGGCAGCUUGUCGACACUGGAUGCCACCUUGGAUUCAUCUAGUGAUGCCACGACCACAACUGGAUCCCUUGCCGGGGACUUGACCAGUACCACCGCUGUCAGCCUUGAAUCAGAGACCUCGUUCACAGAGUCAAGUGCACAACAGGUGUCGGCCACAUCUUCUUUUCCAACCUCAUCAACCGACACGACCUUUGAGUUGGGAGCAAAAGCUGUAUCUACUGAGACAAGCGACAAGCCCGCACUCUCUUCAGAGACUUCACUGUCCUUGACCGAAUCCCCUACAUCCGCAUCCUCCUCAGAGGCUUCACUUUCCUUGACCGAGUUUCCUUCUUCUACAUUCGCUUCAUCAGACCCAACCACAUCAUCGGAGAGUGUGGCUGCAACAUCGACUGACUCUCCUUUAGUGCUCACAGUGGCCGCCGACGGCAGCGGAGACUACACAGCCAUCAACGAUGCUAUCAAGGCCGCUCAAACAAGCGGCUACCCCACCGUGACUGUCCUCGCUGGCACUUAUACCGAGAAUGUCGUCAUUGCAGCCACUCCAGCUGUCACCGUUCUCGGUGCAACAUCCAAGAAGCGCGACGGUGCUUCUGGGGUCGUUAUCGAAGCGCCUACUAGUAACAACAAUCCUGCGCUUUCCUUCAACAACGAUGCGGCAGCAGGCAUCAGCUGGAAAAACAUUAAAUUUUCCAACCCUUUGACUGGGAACUCCGCCGGCGCUGUCUUCCUCCGUGGUUCGAAGAACGCUUUCUACAACUGCGAGUUCGUCUCUGCUGGUAUCGCCGCUAUCACCGGCAGCUAUGCAUCUGCCAUCAUUGCAAACUCAUACAUUGAGGCUCAAGAUAAAGUGAUCUACAACUAUCCGUCUCUUUUUAUCUACGGAACGACAAUCACUGCUACCAAUUCCAAUGCGCUGCUCGUCUACAACAAAGGUGGCACGUCCGGAAGUACCCUCUACAACUCGACCAUCGUCUUCGACACCUGCGAAGUUGUCCAGAAGAGUGGGGCCAAGAAUACCCGCGUCUUCCUCGCGGCAGGAAAUGGCGAUGGCUCAGUUGCCGUCUUCCGCGAUACCAACUUCGCCUCAGGCUUCUUGGCUGCCUCAGGCGUUUACGUUGAUACCAAGACGCAGUCACCUCUGAACCGCUAUGUCGAGUUCGGCACGACUGGCGAUGUGUCGGAUCGCUCCAAGUAUAUGACUUUGAUCACUGACCCCAAGGAUCUCUCACCUUACGAGGUCUCUGCCUUCUUCAAGGGCGCCUUCCCCAGUGUGGCUGUGUCAUCGGUCGAUUGGAUCGACUCCUCCGUUUUGAGUGCUAUCAAGGCGAGCAACGCUAAGGACACAAAAGAAGCCGAGACAACUUCUGCCGGUAUCGCUACCACAACCUCCGAAUCACUGAUCACCACGACCUCUGGUUCACUGAUCACCACGACCUCUGGUUCACUGACCACAACCGCCUCUGAAUCACUGACCACAACCGCCUCUGAAUCACUGACCAGCACCGCUUCUGAUUCACUGGUCACCACGACCUCUGAUUCACUGACCACAACGACCUCUGAUUCAUGUGCCUUCCCAUCUUCUGUUCCCAGUACGGCCCUCGUCGUUGGCCCCAAAUCCAACCCGUGUGCCUCGUACGAUACUGUCGCUUCUGCCGUUGCCGCGCUGCCCAAGGAUGAUACCACACAGCACAUCUACAUCCUCGCCGGAAAAUACCAAGAGAAGGUUACCAUCCAGCGCGUCGGUGCGACUAUCGUCCGAGGUCAGACCACCGAUGGGAACUCAGCCAAGAACAACAAGGUCACGAUCACCUCCAGCAAUGGCGUCCUUUCAAACAACGGCGGAUCAUCGGGCACAGCUACCUUUUCAGCCAAUCAGUACGAGGCGAAGCUGGUUUCCUUCUACAACAUCAACUUCGAGAAUGCAUUUGAAGCGGCGGCCAACACUGUCGCCUUGGCUGUUUUCGCUAAGGGAACGAAGGUUGCUUUCUAUGGAUGCGACAUCAGCUCAUCGCAGGGAACUCUCUAUCUCGACUAUGGUAACUUCUUCAUCAGUCAUUCCAUCCUUCGCGGUACGACGGACUUCCUGUGGGGACAGGGUGCCGGCUAUGUGUAUAACUCCGUUGUUGUUUCAAAAGGAAUGACAACAGGUCAGGCCAUCGCCGCACACAAGUUCCAAGGCCAAUACGGUGGCUCGCGGUUCGUCUUCGAUCUUUGCGCGGUUGUACCUGAGUCCAGCUCUGCUCCCGAGGGCAGUACAUUCCUUGGUCGCGAUUACAGCACCAAGUCAAAUGUCGCAUUUGUCAAUUGCUAUCUCGAUGGCCACGUUGCCCCGUCAGGCUGGAAGAUCUCUUCCCCCUCGACCUUUGCUGGCACAUUCACCGAGGGAAACAAUACGGGCCCUGGCUGGGAUUCUUCAUCUCGGAUCUCUGCUGCUACAAUCGUGAAGGACACUUCUUCGAUCAACGCCGCUGCUAUCCUUGGUGGAGAUGCUUGGAUUGACAAAGCCGCGAUCGCGCCUUUUCAAGGGUGGCCUGACUCCAAGUAUGUUCAGGAUGCGACUACAACUUCAGCUUCCGACACUGCUACCGAAACUGCCUCCGCAACCACGAGUGCAUCAGAAGUUGGCUCUACCCUGACAGUCGCCCCUUCGCCAACAGGUGAUCAGUUCAAGACCGUCGCAUCUGCUCUUGCGGCUAUCCCCGAUGAUGGCGAGGACUACACGGUCUUCAUCAAAGCUGGUUCCUAUAACGAGCAACUCAACCUCAAUCGGGGUCGGGGUCGUGUCACUCUUCGUGGUGAGACCAGCUUCGAAAAUGACUUUACCCAGAACCAGGUUCUCAUCUGGUUCAAGUUGGGUUAUAGCACUGGAGCGUCGCGCAAUGAAGAGACUCCAGUCCUCUUCUGGAAGACCACCACCGCAACAGGUGGUCUCGCUCUGUACAAUCUCAACUUCACCAAUACCUACCCUCAAACGCGGGAUACAGCUGCCCUCGCCGCGGACUUCUUCGGGAAUGAGAUGGCGGCAUACGGCUGUUCGUUUGAAGGCUUCCAAGAUACGCUACUGGUGAACCAGGGUGUCCAGGUCUUCUCUAAUUCUUACAUCUCUGGUAGCGUAGACUUCAUCUGGGGCUACAGCAAAACCUACUUCCACCAGUGUUACAUCGCUUCGAACACGCCCAAUGCCUACAUCACAGCGCAAAACCGAAAGUCCUCUUCUUGGGCUGGCGGUUUUGUGUUUGAUACUUGUAAGGUGACAUACACUGAUAGCUAUGGCAUUGACUUUGGUAACACGGCUCUUGGUCGACCUUGGUCUCAGUAUGCCCUUGUGGUGUAUAUGAAUUCUUUCCUAGAUAAACAUAUUUCCAAGGCCGGUUGGUCAGCUUGGUCAACAAGCAACCCUCAGACUUCGGAUGUACUCUUCGGCGAGUUCAACAACAUAGGGCCUGGAAGUUGGUCUUCUUCGCGAGCAAGCUUCGCAACAAAGCUCACCGAGUCCCAAGCCGCUGCUUAUUCUUUGGGCUCUUUUAUCGGAAGCACCAGCUGGUUGGACAUGAAGGCAUACAAUCUUGCGCCUAGUUACACAAUUGGCGACUCCACUGCUACCGACCCAGAACCAGAAGUUUCCUGGCCAUCACACCCUUCAGAUGGCACGACACCCCCCAAGAACGCAGUUGUCGUUUCUGUUGGUGGAGAAAAGUCUGGUUCAUACUCAAGUCUCACAGAUGCGCUCAAGAGCCUUCCCAAAGACUCGAGUCCCCAAGUCAUCUUCAUCUAUCCUGGAACAUACGAAGAGCAGGUGCCAUCAAUCAACCGACCUGGCCCUGUCACCAUCAUCGGAUACACUGAGACCGAGCCUGGAAAGACAUACAUGAGCAACCAAGUCACGAUUACUCAAGCUAAGGGACUCUCAGUCGCAGGAACAAUCCCUGCUGGUCGCAGUAAUGCGGACACGGCGACUAUCGCAACAGCCAGCACUAAGAUCGCUUUUUACAACGUCAAGUUCAUCAACACUGACAAUCUUGACGGUGCGACGCCUAGCUACGUGACUCUCGCUGCCAGUGUGUACGGUGACAAGAUUGGCUUUUAUGGCUGCGAAAUGAUCGGAUGGCAGGAUACAUUGUUGACAGGUGCCACUGCGGGUUACCAGUACUACGAGAGCUGCUACAUUGAUGGCGCAAUCGACUUUAUCUGGGGUUACAGUAAGGCCUACUUCAAGGGCUGUACCAUUGCUGCCAAGCGGGCCAAAUCAGCCAUCACCGCGCAUAGUCGCAAAGACGCAACUGCAGCUGGAGGAUACAUCUUUGACCAAUGUCUUUUCACUGAGGCUGCUUCAUCCACGGUUGAUCUGACAGGGCAAGUUUAUCUAGGCAGACCUUACAGCGCUUACGGCCGCGUGGUAGUCAAGAACAGUUAUCUGGAUUCUAUCAUCCAGCCCGCCGGUUGGAAAAUCUGGUCUACCACCGAUCCUCGCACUGAUCAUAUUACCUUUGCGGAAUAUGCCAAUGAGGGUCCUGGAAGCUGGGAGAAGAAUUCGGCGGCACGUGAGGCUUUUGGCUUCGCUACUCUCCUGACCAAGGAUGAUUAUUCUCUUGCGUCCGUGAUGGAUAGCACUGACUGGAUCGACAAGACGUUCUGGGAUUCGAUCGUAACUCCAAAACCUACCACACCUGUCGUCCCUGUCCCUGAUCCCAACGCUGUUUACAGUGGCAAGACCCCACCACCUGGCGCUUUCAUCGUGUCCAAGGAAGCUAUUGAGGGAGUCACCACUUACAGCACGAUACAAGCUGCGAUUGAUGCCCUCCCCGCCUCCAGCAAGGUCACGCCCACUGUCUUUAUCUACCCCGGUGCCUACAAGGAGCAGAUCGUUCUCAGUCGUGCUGGCACAACUUUCUUCAUCGGAUACUCUGAAUCGCCUGACGACAACUCCAAGAACCAGGUCACUAUCACGUAUGACAAGGGCAUCGACACACAGGCGGAUGCGUCCAACUCCGAUUCGGCUACAUUCUAUGCCACUGGAAAUUACUUCCAGGCUGUCAACAUCAACUUCGAGAACUCAUUCGGUACAACCAACAACUACGCAAGUCUUGGCUUUGCAGUUAAGAGCAGCAAGUUUGCUUCGCUCUAUGGCUGCCAAGUCUACGGAAACCAGGAUGCUCUCCUCAUCAAUGGCAACCUUUUCGCAUACAACAGUCUUUUCACCGGCAAUAUUGACAUGAUUUGGGGUUCCGGAGCUGGGUACUUCCUGAAGUCCACCAUUGCGCCGAAUAAGGAUAAGAUUGCGUUGACGGCGAACAAGAAAGGAACCAACACUGGUCCCAAUGGUUUCGUCUUCGACCAGUGCACCAUCACCCCCGCCGAUGGAGCGUCGUUCUCGACUAUCUAUCUCGGCCGGCCGUGGGAUCAAUUCGCUCGGGUUGCCUAUAUCCAGUCUGAUCUCAGUGCAUCAAUCGCUGCUGUCGGCUGGACUGGUUGGACUAAGAGUGAUCCUAGGACCGACAACGUCAUUUUUGGUGAAUACGACAACACUGGUCCUGGAGCCUCGACUAGUGGUCGUGCGUCUUUCGCCAAGCAGCUUUCGGAUGAGGAUGUUGCCCAGUUUCAAUUGGGCACUUUCUUCCCUUCUACAAGCUGGAUCAACAUGACGCUCGUUCACGCGACUCCUUUUGACGUAGCUGUAGCUGCCACGCAGACAUUCAGCUCAACCACUGUCUACACCACUCAAACUGUCACGUCUUCUCAGACUCUGUUCACUACUUUGACUGGUGCCGAGGUGACCAUCACUGAGAAGUCCACAUCUACUCAGGAUAUCGGUACUACCAUUACACCAGACCCGACGACCAAGACUAUGAUUGAGAAGGCGACAGUGACCGAAACGGCUCAAGUUACCCAAGCUGACAAGCUAGUCACCGUCAAGUCGACCGAGAUUGUGGAUGUUGGCAAGACUGUUACGCCUGCUGUCGUUACUGAGACUUCAACCCAGGUCUUUGAUGCUACUGUCACUUCUUGGGUCACAAAACCUGCCAAGGCAGUCACUACGACUUCAACAACUGUAGGCGCUACUGUUACGCCCAAGUCAGUGACUGAGAACAUAGUCGAGCGAACGACAGUGGUGAUCAGCAAGACCAUCAGCCCCAAGCCCAUUACCGUUAAGAGCACCACAACUGUGGUAAUAGGUACUGGCGGCACUACGACAACUUCCCUAAAGGCCACUACUGUUCUAUCGACUACUGUAACGACCUCUGUCAAAAUUGUUAGCAAGACGACUACAUUGAAGUGUGUCCCUACUCAGGACAAGCGAGACUUGGGCGGUGACGUGGCAAUUCUCAGGCCCCGCGCUGCUGUCGUGUUCGGUAACCCAUCUGUUGACCUCGCUUCUGGCCUGACACGGCGUGACCUUGACCUAGGGUCUAUAAAUCUUGAGGCUCGUGCAGCUGGUCUUUCCACCGUUACAGUCACCGUUGUUUCAACUUUUACUACCAACGUCAAAACUUCAAUCAUGACGGUUCCUGGUAGCACUGCGACCACCCAGGUCAUCACGACCAAGACAAUUGGAAAGACAAGCACUCUCAAGCCUGCCACUGUCAUUGACGCAUCAACCUCUGUCGCAACAAAAUAUGUCACCUCUACCAUUCCUGGAUCAACAUCAACCACGACUACCGUGACCACCAAAGAAACAGGCAAGACAACGACCCUCAAGGCCGCUACCACCACUGUCGUCGUCGCAUCUACAUCUGUCGUCACCGAUAAGAAGACCUCCAUAGCCCCAGCAAGCACAGUAACUGUUUUGAAGACCCUCACUAGAACUCUGCCCGCUGGAACCGUCAAGGUCACCACGACCAGCACCAUUAAGCAGACAUCCCCUGUUACUCUAGAUCAGAAGACUGUUACAAACUGGGCGACUGUCAAGUCUACUUUGAAGCCGUCGAGUACCGUAACUGUGAGGAGUACUGUGUCAAAGACUACUACGUCUGUUGUCAAGGAGACGAAGACGGUGUGGGCGACGAGGACUAGCAAGGGCGCGGCUGCUUGUACAAACUAG